CUCUCACUGUGCACACAGACUCAGUAGAUUGAAGGUCGAUAUUUGAGUAGGUUGGACUUUUUUUCUCUUUCUGGACGACAUGAAGCUGCUGAAAUACAUUUUAAUCGUCCAACUGAGCUGUUUUUGUCGAGCUUUUCAGAACUCUUCCACUCAAACGGCCCCGACAGAGGUCAAUGUGACAGCAAAUGGAAAUAACACACAUCUACAAGAGACGCUCAGCAAUGCCCCCCUGGUUCAGCACCUCUCAGGGAAACGCUGCAGCUGGACGCUCAGGCUUCCUGCAAACGGCAGCAGAGACCCGGUGCCUCUGACUUCAGCCUCUGUGGACGUUUUGGCCGAACAGAUCUGUCGGGAUCUGAACUGCGGUGGAGUUUAUCGUGUGAACAGAAGCAGCUUGGCUCCAAACUCCAGCUGCUUCCACCGGUGUUCGUACCGAGAGCGACGGCUGCACAACUGUUCAGUGAUGCAGGGAGGAAACUGUACUGUGAUCUCUGCAGCCGUCUGUGGGCACCAGGCGGUCCGGUUGGCCGGAAGUUCGGACCGCUGUGCCGGCCGGGUGGAGGUGUGGAGGGACGGCCGCUGGGGGACGGUGUGUGACGACGGCUGGGAUCUGAAGGACGCCGCUGUGGUUUGUGCUCAGCUCGGCUGUGGCUUCGCCCUCAGCGUGUCGGGUCAGGGAGGAUCCUUCCCCCCCGGGACCGGACCGGUUCUCCUGGACGAGCUCAACUGUACGGGCCGAGAGCAGAACCUGUGGAGCUGCCCGGCCGCUCAGAAUGAGUCCGACUGUGGACACAAGGAGGACGCUGGGGUCGUCUGCUCAGAGAUGCGAGCCGUCAGACUGAGCGGAGGUCUGGACCGGUGCUCCGGUAAGGUGGAGAUCCACCGUAACGGCAGCUGGGGGACCGUCUGUGAUAACUGCUGGAACAAAGACAUGGCCUCCAUGAUCUGCUCCAUGCUGCACUGUGGCUCCCAGGCCACCCAGUUCUCCCAGUUUGUUCCUCCACUGGCCCACAGCAACGGAACCAAGUGGUUCUACCAGUGCUGGUCCUACCAGAGUCUGUGGCAGUGCAAAGAGAUCUUCAACAGACCUCACCUGUGUGCCUCCUCAAAGGCCUCUGGUGUCGUCUGUAAUGGUUCUCUGGGUUUUGCUUCAGUCACCACAGAUUCAACAUCUGUAGCAACCAGCUGGACCACUGGUUCGACCGUCGUCACUGAAGCUGUGGAUUCGUUUUUCUCGUCUCCGGAGCUCCUCAUCACCAUCUCAGUGUGUCUGCUGCUGCUGGUGUUUCUGAUCACAAACACCGUUCUGUGCUGCCAUUACAGACAACGACACGCUUUCUUAGUGCAGCAGAGUCGCUCCAACCCUCGAUCGCUGUCCUCUGAGAACCACCACAACAACUACCAGGAGGCUGUAAAUCUGGUCAAAGUCACGGCCAACCCUCCUCAGACAGCCGUCUCCUCCGACCCUCGACAUCUGUGGACGCAGCUUAGUAGCGUCGACAGCGCCUCAGUAGAUACAGACUAUGAGCAGUUUGACCCCAGCUCUGACCCGUCUGUCACUUUAUCCACCUUUCGCAACUCUCAACGCUACAGAACCGACGUCAACCCUCUGAUGAGGCCGCCGGGGCUCGACCGGCUCUCUGAGGAAGGUCCUGAAUCCACAGCCGAGCUGGCGGCAGAUUUUCUAGGUUAUAACGGCGUUCCUGUAGAUCCUCAGUACGCCAGAGUGUCCAAGAUCUCCGUCGACUCCUUUGAAACUUCGAGCACUUCGUCUGGAGAAUGUUACGAGAACGUGACCAGCGGCUACACCAACGUCACCCCCCAUCCUGAACCUGGUCAGUCGUCUGUCGGCAUCUUCAACCCGCUUUAUUCAAGACAGAAAACAAACCAGCAGAGUUCAGACGAAGACGACGGUCACCUUUAUUCUCCUGUGAGUCCCGACUGAAACCUUCAUCUGAGGAUAAGAAACAUGAGAACAGAUGAGGUUACUUCAGGUCAUAGAGAGGAAGAGUGAUGGAAGAUCAAACUACAUGUUUUUAAUCUAAUGAAUGCCUCAAAGAAACAUUAAUAAGAUUAAAACUGGCUUCAAGUUGGGUCGAAGCGUUUAAAUGUUGUUUUAACAGCGUUUGCUAAGAGUUUCAUCCCAUCUAUUUACUAAAUAAUGGAUUCCUGAGAAGCAUAAUAAUAUAAAUUUAAUGUAGAGUUGUUUAGACCUGCUGCAGUCGAUCCAUCACAGAGAACAAACUGAUGACAUAAAUUUCAGAUUUUAUUGAGAUUUGGCUGCAAAAUCAUUUCACAGGUGCAGUUCAGUUUUAAAUAGCAAACCCUGGAAACGAAUGAAGGAAAUUUACAUGGACUGAAAAGGCAAAUAGGUGAUUUUGCUCAAUUUCUGCAUUGAAAAGCUGCAUUUUAUUCUGAAAAUUCAUCUUUUCCAAGCAUCCAGGAGCUGAACUUUUAAAAACAUUCUCUCCUUGCAGCUUUUAAUAAGACUUAAGCUCCAUGGAAAUAUAAAAUAGUGAAAUUUUCUCUGCAAUUUUGACAGUUUGCUGUUUUUGUCACGUAUUUCUGUUUCAGCCCACCUUCAUAAUCAUAGGUCAGGUGUAAAAUCAGGCUAUUAUUAAUGUUUAAAUCAUCAUUAAUUCACUUUAGUCAACAUUAACUGCACAUUUUCAUCUAGAAUAUCAUUAACUUCACUCAUUUUAACACAAAAAUCACAAAAUUUAGAUGCUGUGAAAAGGAAAAUAUGUGAUUUUAUUUUAUUUCAUUUUAUGCAUCGAAAAGCUGCAUUUUAUUCUGAAAUUCAUCUUGUCUGAAUAUCCAGGAGCCGAGCUUUUAAAAACAUUCUCUACUUGCAGCUUUUAAUAAGACUUAAGCUCCCUGGAAAUAUAAAUGAGUGAACUUUUCAUAACAGUAUUGACAGUUUGCUGUUUUUUUCACGUAUUUCUGUUUCAGCCCACCUUCAUAAUCAUAGAUCAGGUGUAAAAUGAGGCUAUUAUUAAUGUUUAAAUCAUUAUUAAUCCACUUUAAUCAACAUGAGCAGCACAUUUUCAUCUCAUUUUAACACAAAAAUCACAAAACAAACUAACUUUAUUGAUACCAGUCGCCAUAAAGCGAACAGAAGAACAAACUUUAACUGUUCUCAAGCAGUUUUCACGUCUUUUAAGUUAAUUUCUUGAGCACACUGAGAUUACAUGAAAUAAAACUAAUGAAAGCUUAAAGAUCAUCAAAUUAUCUUUAGGUUUUCUUCUAGAAUUAACUGUGAUAUAUGUAUGUUUUUUUAAAAUGUGUAAUAUUUAACUGUAAAGCAGUUUGCUGUAACAAUUCAAAUGUUUUCUGUUCAUAUCCGCCUGUGGAUAGAAGUACGAUCAAACUAUUAAAUUCUGUUCUUUCUUUCAAAACCACAAAUAAAACAAACACAUCAGAUGUCAGAAUAGAAAAAUAUUUAAAAACCA